AUGGCGCACACCAAAGGUCUCAAGCAGAUCCUCUCAAAACAACCUACCGAUGUUGUUAUCCUCUCGUCCCUUCGAACUCCUGUCACGAGAGCCGUAAAGGGCGGCUUCCGAGAUGCCUACGACCAUGAACUUUUGUCCCAUGUGCUGCGUGCCACCCUCGCCGCAAACCCGAACCUUGACCCAGCUAAAAUCGACGAUGUCGCGGUUGGUGUUGUGCUCGCCGAACUUGGUGGAUCAAAAGCUGCCCGUAUGGCACAAUUACAUGCCGGCUUCAAUGAGCGCACUCCUUUACACACAAUAAAUCGGGCUUGUAGUUCAGGGUUGGCCGCCGUCACGAGCAUAGGCAACAUGAUCACCGGGGGCCAGAUCGAUAUAGGCAUUGGGGCGGGCAUGGAGAGCAUGACCAAAAACUACGGAAGUAAAGCUAUUCCUACAAUGCUGUGGGACGAGUUGAGGAACAGCCCCGUCGAAAUAGCUCCAGACUGCAUCAUGCCCAUGGGGCUGACUAGUGAAAACGUGGCAAAGAGGUAUGGCGUGAGCCGAGCAGACCAGGAUGCCUUUGCUGUCGAGUCACAUCGAAGAGCGUCCCAUGCGCAGAAGACCGGGCUGUUCAAUUCGGAAAUCAUCCCGGUCAAGGUCAAGCAAUAUCAACCUGAGCACCCCGACGCUCCGCCCCAGGAGGUUGUCGUGGACAAAGAUGAUGGUAUCAGACACGACGCCAGCCUGGAAAAGAUGGCCAAAUUGAAGCCAGCAUUUGCACAGGAUGGAUCCUCCACGGCAGGUAACUCAUCACAGGUGUCCGACGGAGCAGCUGCCACACUGCUUAUGCGACGUUCCACUGCCACAGAGCUCGGUCUUAGCAAGUCGAUCAUCGGAAAAUGGGCAGGAACUCAGACCGUAGGCUGCCUCCCGGACGAAAUGGGUGUCGGGCCUGCAGUCGCCAUUCCGAAGCUACUUGAUUACACCGGCUUAAAGGUCGACGACGUCAACAUCUGGGAACUCAACGAGGCCUUUGCUAGCCAAGCACUAUAUUGUGUCAGAAAGCUGGGCUUGGACCUGGAAAAGGUCAACCCUAGGGGAGGGGCAAUUGCUCUCGGACAUCCUUUGGGCAUGACUGGUACAAGACAGCUGGCGACCUUGAUGCCUCAAUUGAAUGAAGGCCAAGUCGGUGUGGUCAGCAUGUGUAUCGGAACAGGUAUGGGUAUGGCUGGCUUGUUUGUGAGGGAAUGA